AGUAAAAUAAUGUCUUUAUUUUGUAGGUGUGUUACUUGGCAUUUCUACUGAUUUUGCUGGUGGAUUCACAGCUGGGGCUGUAGCAUUCUUGGUACUUAAUGGCUUCCUAAUGCUUAUAGGUGCCUAUGUAAAUGUUGUGCUGCUGUUGCUGACUCUUGUCAUGGAGGUGAUUGUGGUGUGUUUCCUGCUCUCCACACUGGGCAGACUGCCUUACCAACUGGAAAUUGCGAUGCUGGCCAUCUUCUCUUUGAUCUGUUUGUAUGGUACUCUGGCCUCCCUUGCAAAUUCCAUCUUCAGAAAGGAGCUGCUGCCUCUCGGGCCCCCAUUGCUGAAGGCUACACAGGAAAAAGCUGACAAAACUCCCCCUCCUCCUCCUUGUUCCAUCGCCACCUCAAGAAAGACCAGUGGGCUGCUGAGCAUCUCAAAACUCCUGGAUGCUGGUGGGGUCUGUGGUAUUCCCACUGAUACUGUGUACGCAUUGGCAGCAUCCUGCAAACACCCACAGGCUAUAGAGAAGAUCUACAAUAUCAAGGAUCGCCCACAGGAGAAGCCCAUCUGUAUCUGCAUCUCCAACUUGGAGCAGCUGUCAACUGCCAAGCCCCCCUUCAGCCCCCUGCUCUGGGAGUUCAUGAGGAACGUCUACCCAGGAGGCAUCAGCUGCAUUGUCAAGAAGGGCGAGUGGCUCAAUAGGCUAGGAGUCGGGGCAGCCUAUAACAGAGUGGGGACUAAAGAAAGCAUCAUGAUCAGAGUCCCUGACCACACAGUGACCGCCCAUCUGUGCAAUAUGACUGGACCACUGGCCAUCACUUCAGCCAAUCCAAGUGGAGAGCCUGAUAGCACACACCAUGACAUGGUGAUAACGCGUCUCGGGCACAAAAUCAGUGGGGUUCUGUGUGACGGAGAAUCAAAUGAAGCGGUCGGUUCCACUGUGGUCAACUGUUUGAAGAUAGAUGAAGGUACAAUCACUAUUAUACGAGAAGGCUGUUUUCCUGCUGCCCAAGUUAGACACAUUUUUGAAAAAGUCAAAAAUUCCAUGGAGUAAAGACAAGGAACACUCACUACAAAUAACAGUAACGUAGUGAAUCACUUCUCAGGAUGUGAGAAGUGUACUAGCUGGUGAAAAUGUGAGCAGUGAUCUUCAAUUAGAACUGAGAUGAUGUAGUGACAUCACUAGGAUAAUAAAUUAUUAUUAUAGUAUUUAUAAUUAUAAAAACUGUGCCAUUUAAUUUAUUCUUAAACUUGUUUCUGUGAAGACUGGCAACAUUUACUCCUGAAAUGAAGAUUUCAAAUUUUACAGUCCACAUUUGUGAAUAAUGUAUAUAGUAAUAAAGUAUAAAUAAACAUUUUGUGUGUGCAUAUAUUGAAAACACUUUGAUGGUAAAUUAUAAUACAAUUUGUGUAUGCUAUGUACUUUAUGUAAUUAUAUUUGUUAUAGGUUUGUAUUUAUAAACUAAUAAAACAAAUCAAAUAAUUUGGUGAAUCUUACCCCUGAAUGCUAUUUGCUAUGAUUGUCUCAAAAUCCUGGAUAUAAAAGAACUGGUCAAGCAAUUAAAUGCAUAGUAUAGGCAUUUGAAAAACAUGGCCAAGUGUUAAAAAUUAUAUUUGUCCGGUGUGACAUUUCUGUUUUGUAUCUGCUGUGAAUUUCCUUCCUUAAACAUGUACUGUUUUAUUUCAUAAGACAUUUUUAAUACUGUGUAUAUAUGUAUAUAGAUAUUUUUUUAUACUAUGUCUAGGAAGAAGUGACUGGAUUUUGAAUCUGUAAUUAAUCCUCGUUAAAACUGUAUAAACUGUUCAAUGUCUUAUAAUUACAACAUGUAUUCUGUGAUUGUCCUUAUCAAUGACCAUCAAUAAAGUAUAAUUAAGACUCAAA